AUGAUAUUCUUAGCGGAACGUGCAGGAACUCUUACCAAACUUGUUGUCUUCAAACCUGGCGGAGAGCGGGAAUUUUGCAAUGACACUGAUCAUGAUAGCGGAUCGAUUCCUUUGAAGCUCUAUUCGUUCGAGACAAAGAAGAUCCACACAGUUGUUGAUUUCUUGAAAGCACGAGGCAUUUGCAACGUGCGGGUCAGCGCGUCCGGAGGAGGAGGGCACAAGUUUCAAGAGCUCUUUCAACGGGAGAUCGGAGUGAAGCUGUCCUCUGUCGACGAGAUGCGGUCCGUCAUCACUGGAGUGAAUCAUCGGCUACUCACAGGCAAGGGAUGGAAAGGGAGUCAGGAGGCCUUCCACUAUCGUUGGGGACUGGAUGCUGAGAGGAAGGCGUAUGUCUCCUUUGCCGGGAAGAAGAGCCCCUUUCCGUAUCUGCUCGUCAACAUCGGAAGCGGAGUCUCGAUCAUUCGUGUCGAUCAGCGGUCCUUCUUUCCCGUCGUUGUGCAUCCAAGGUUGAACGCCUGCCCGUCAGGUUCCUGUCUGGGAGGAGGAAGCUUCUUCGGCCUCUGCAAGCUUCUCACCGGGAAGUACAAGUUCGACGAGAUCGUGGAGAUGUCUCGACGAGGGAACAUCAACAACGUGGACCUGCUAGUAUCCGAUAUCUACGGGCAAGGAUUCGUGAAGGUUGCAGUUGCAGAUCACAGCAGCGAAACAUUCAGUCCUGAAGACAUGGUACGGCGCUUUGCAUACAUAAUUGUAGCAAUCGCACAACAGUUUGGUGAAAGGCGAUGA